UACCAUGCAGUUGCCCUCACUGUGAUGCUUUGCAUAAACUAAGCUUUUUUUUUUCUUCUUUUUUUUUUUUUUUACUGAAGGCUUCACUGUAGCAGAGUACAAGUGUAGCAUCAUGAUGAAGAGUUUGGUACUGGCAGCCUGGAUUCUAUCAGCCUUGCUCAGUUUCUCCUCAUGCCAGGAACGUCAGUACUACUUUGUCAACCAGUUGAUGAACUGGGAUGAUGCUCAGAGAUACUGCAGAGCUCACCACACGGACCUGGCUACCAUCGGAAACUCUACAGACGUGAAGCAAUUCCUCGACAUCGUUUCGUCUACUGAUAAGAACGUCUGGAUCGGUCUGUACAGCAAUAUCAACUGGACGUGGUCUGGCGAACCGAACAGUGUCGGGUCCCAGUACAGAAACUGGGAGAGUUCCGAUUACGAUCCCGACUUUAUUUUAGCCAAUCAGUUCUGUGUGUGCAUUGGAGACAAUGGAGGAUGGUGGGACUACGACUGUGCGAAAAAAUUUCCAUUUGUUUGUUACAAUGCAAGGACGAAUGAGUUUGUGGCUGUAGAUGAAGCAAUGAGUUGGUCCAAUGCUCGGACAUAUUGCCAGCAGAACUUCACAGACCUGGCCACAAUCAGGAACAUCACAGAGAACCAGCGGGUUCAAACCCUGGUACCGACUGGAUACUGGGCAUGGACUGGUCUACAUAGAGAUGAAAACAUUUACUGGUCUGAUCAGAGUAGCUUCGGGUUCAGAAACUGGGAUCACAAAUCGAAUCUUUUUGGUUCCGACACACGGAUAUGCGGAGCUACGUCUGAGGCAAGAUCUGCAAAAUGGAAGUUUUUACCCUGUCAAACACAACUGCCAUUUGUGUGCUACUCGUUCAAAGUGAUGAGGAGAAUAGUGAAGAUAAAACUGUCAAGUACUGUGAAUCUGACUGACCCCGUACAUAAAGCUCAACUCCUGAAGCAGCUCCAGGAAAAAUUAAAUGAAAGUGCAUCGUUGAAGUUCGUUGAGCAGCCAAAGAAGGACAAGAAAAGGACUGAAUUGUAGAACAUGCACUACAGUUUUCCACUCUUCUUUUGGAGACAGUCAGAUGUGACUCUUGUGAUCUGAUGGACUAAUAAUGUACAGUCAGGAGGACACCGUGGUCUUUUAACAGUGACCAUUCAGAAAGGUAUUCUUUUGAAUUGGAAUGGCUCUCCGUAGAUAACAUAAUUCAAAAUUGGAUUGAAUCCAGUAAAUUUAAACAUGAGGCUAGUAUGUGUUUUUAAUUUCAUUAUAUACAUAAGAUACAUUUUAAAAUUGUAUUUUUAUAUGAUUUUCACUGAAUAAUCACAAAACCCCAAAUUUCGGUUUCUUGGAAAUGUUGAAAAUGACUGAGUUUAUGUUUUCACUUCACUAUACUUUUCAGGCAUUGGCUAUUCCUAUUGCUUUUGCUCCUUUUUCUACCUAAUUUUGUCAUCUGUCAGAUCAGCUGGGAACUGACAAGUCAGUAGUCCUCCUCCAUGACUGCUUAUCCCAUAA